AUGGAUUUCGCAAGUCUAAUGGCAAAAGAAAUCUCCAAAGCCAAAAAAGGCUCCCCCACACCCACAUCCACACCCACACCCACACCCGACACCCCCGAACCCGUCCCGAAUAAAAAGUACGCCCGUCGCGCCGACCUCGAAGCCGCGCGCAUCGCUGCCUACAACGAAGAACAAGCCCGGCUGGCCGCUGAGCGUGAAGCCCGACACGCCCAGAAACGCAAACUCGACGAGGAGGAGGCCGCGCGCCGGCGGGAGCGCGAGGACAAGAGGCGGCGGCUGGCGGAGGAGUCGCGGCGAAGGCGCGAGGAGGAGGAGGCAGCCAAAGAACGGGAGCGGAGGAGGAGGCUGGGUCUGCCGGAGGUGCCCUCCAGUAACGAAGAGAGUGGUAGUGGUGGUGAUGGUGGGGGGGAUGCUACGCCUGGGGAGGAGCUGUCGGCGGAUGAGGUGAGGAGUAGGUUACGGGAGCUGGGGGAGCCGGUGACGCUCUUCGGGGAGGGGGAGAAGGCGCGGUUGCGACGGUAUUGGCGGCUGGUGAACAAGGACGAUACCACGGACGGUGGUCGGGGGAGGGCGGUGCAGAAGCAGAAGCUCAAUGACGGGCCGAUUCCCACGACGCUGGAGCUGGUGCCGGAGGGGCAUGCCGAAUAUCACGUAUGCGACCGUGAACAUGAUGACGGCGAGGUUGUAGUCAUUGUCGACCAGAUGCAACUCCUUGGACAUGCCAGCGAUUUUGGCAUUUCUAGAGCCCACUUAUACGGUUAG